AUAAUUCUUAAUUCUUUACUCCCCAAACCACCAAGAGGAUCACACCCUUCACUUCUCCAGUAACUAAAUUUGUGAGUUUAAGUCAGAUAAAUUCCGCACAAAACUUAAAACAGAAUGGCUUCUUCCAGUGGCGUCAAGAUUACUAAGGACAUUACAAAUUUUAAACCCAAAGUUCCAUUCAGCCCGAAAAAACGUGUCACAACUACGGAUCGUGCCGAACUUUAUGAGCUCUCCAAACAAGGCGAAGGUACAGAUUUCAUGUUCCUUAUCGGGAAUUACUGGGACACGACGGACUCUUAUGUUCAUGUGGAUUCCGAAAUCGUCUCGCAAGGUUCGAAACGGCUCGCGAAAAUUGUGAGGACGGAACGAAAAUCCAAUGGGGAAAAUGCCUGGUAUGCAAUCUUGUCGCAAUCAAAUCUGGAUUUGGACCAGUUUAAAAGAAUGAUUGAGUUUAUCUACACCGGAAAUGUCACCACUUUUCGCAAAUCCAUCCCAUCCAGAAAGGAAAUCAGUGACCUUUUAAAAAUCGGGGAGCAAUUCAAGGCUGUCAAACUGAUUGAAUUUUGUUUCGACAAGAUGAUUGCAAUCAAAGAGGGAAAGAUCGGAAAGGUGGAAACUUCCCUAGCUAAACUUUCACUACGAGAUAAUCAGCUUGACGAAGAUGACUCGAAACCUGGGCCAGGUUCGCACUCAGACGCAGCCAAGAAAUCCGAUCUUGUUAAGAAAAAGCUUUUCGACCAGGUUAAAAAAGAUUUCGCCGAGACACAAGAGGAGAACACUGAGAUUCCUAAUUUUCCUAUAGAAGGAAAGGAGAAUGCAGACGAAGGGGUGGAAAAACCUGAUAAAUAAAAGCGAUUCAAAACAGUCUAAAGUUCUGUUAUGAGUUUAUAAGUAUAUUAUUUCUAGGUUAAUUAUUGUUUUUAAUUUGGAAAGAAACCUUGAGAUUUCUAGAAGUGUAUAGAUAAGGAGACGAGGAGAUUAUGCAAAGUUUAAGAUCGAAGAUUUUAUAAAAUAUUGACAUUUCUGGCUAAUUUAUAAUUUAGGUUAUUUUCGGUUUUCUCUUUUAAGAUAUUAUUUGUUUUCUAAUCCAAGAUUAGUUUAUUUGCAAUUUCUUAUGUUUUUAUAAAUAAAUAUCAUGACUCUUCAUGAAAUCGGGUAUGAAAUUGUCAA